UGCCCAGCUAAACGAAUCAUCCGCCUGCUCAACAAACAUCUCGAGAUUCCCCGGAUGUUGAGAGGUCAGCCAUGUUGGAUCAAACCACAGAGGCCAUCUCUCUUCUGACCGACGUUGUAAUGAACGUGACGUCAUCUUCCGCGGCUCUUGCCGUGACGUCACUAGCCGAUGACGACUUCCUGUCCGCCCAGCUAUCGACCAGCUCCCCACCCCCCGACACCCACAACAAAAUCCACUUCAACGUUUCCUUCCUAGAAGACAUGUCAAAUGUCACAUCCGGUGCCAAUGUCAGCAACUUGACGGCACCUGUCGGACGUGACCUGAGCGUGGCCUUCCAGAUUCCCAUGUACGUCAUCAUCUUCACGUUGUCCAUCGUGGGCAACGUGCUGGUCAUCGUGACGGUACUACAGAACAAGAAGAUGCGCUCCGUCACCAACGUCUUCCUGCUCAACCUCUCCGUCUCCGACCUGCUACUGGCUGCCUUCUGCAUGCCCUUCACCUUGAUCCCCAUGUUUCUACGGAACUUUAUCUUCGGGGAGGCCAUGUGCAUCAUCAUCCGCUACCUGCAAGGGGUGUCUGUGGGUGUGAGCUGCUUCACCCUGGUGGCUAUCAGCCUGGAGCGCUACUUCGCCAUCUGCCACCCCCUCAAGUCCCGGCGUUGGCAGACGUUGUCCCACUCCUACAAGGCCAUCGCCGUCUGCUGGGCAUGUGCCCUGGCUGUCAUGAUGCCCACUGCCAUCGUUCACCACCUCAGGAAGAUUGGACCAGAGAGGUACAAAUGUAUGGAGGACUGGCCGUCUGUGACAGGUCAAAGGUCAUACACGGUCAUCCUGAACCUGAUCCUGCUGGUGAUCCCCGUGGUCAUCAUGUGUUGGGCCUAUGGUCGGGUCAGUCACACGCUCUGGAUGGGCAUCAAGAUGGAGAGGCAGUCAGAGAAAGAAAACCAAUCAAAGAACGGCGUGGCCCAUGGCCAAGUUGCGGCCACCAGCCAUGGUGUGGCCAACUACGACUGUCAGAACGGGGUCUCCAUCUUCGUCAACAAGAAAGUCUCACGACGGAACUCCCUGGAGGAGACGGACCACACCUCCAGCAGCAGCGGGCCAGCGCCCACCAAGCCCGCCACCACCAGACCGUUCCGCCGGUUCGAGGCCCACCGGGCCAUGCGCCAGUCCAACACGCAGCGGUCGCGGGCCGCCAAGAAGCGCGUCAUCAAGAUGCUCUUCAUCAUUGUCGUGGAGUUUUUCCUCUUCUGGGCGCCGGUUUACAUCAUCGAGACCUGGAUGACCUUUGACUUCCGUCACGCCAGCCAGUACAUGACGCCCCUGAUCAAGGCGCUUGUGCACCUCUUCUCGUACGUCAGCGCCUGCUGUAACCCCAUCACCUACUGCUUCAUGAACAAGAGCUUCCGCCAGAGUUUCCUCAUGGCCUUCAGGUGCUCCAAGAAACGUUACGUCUACGCCCACCGCUCACAGAUGUCCUUCUCCGGGAACACGGCCUCCACCCGCGCCCCCGCCUCCACCACCACGGCCACCAGCUACGACAAGAUAGUCGACUCGGACGAUAUCUCAGAGAACAGUUUCUAG